CACUGGGAUGGCUCGUGCAAACACCAUCAAGAGUGUGAGGGACAACAGAGGAGGAGUUGGAGGUGGCCCUCUUCCAAGUCACCGUACUUGUCAUGUGAAGUCACCUUGGUCCUUCUGCACCCGGCCCGGCUUGCUGACUCACACCAUUAGUACUGAUAAUGGCACCAGCACUGGUACAUACCUCCACCAUUGUCCCCACCACCUUCACCGUCACCCGGCACCUUACCUGACCUUCAUGCUGCCUUAUCGUCACCCAGCAGGGCUGCAGGAACCACCGAAUCUUCAGCACUUACCUCUAUUAUCAGCACCUCCGUGGUUCAAGCAGAGGGAGGACUGUGGUGAAGCUGAAUCUGUCACCACUGUAGGGGAGUCAGCUUCAGACAGUGGGGACAACCAGGAUGCUUUGAGGCAGCAGAGGCCUCCACUAGACCUACUGCUGCCAAUUGAACGCCCAUCUUGGUAUUCACGACAGCUCAGAGGAGAGGAGGACCAGGAUGUCCAGGUCAGGAGAGUUGGCACCCAGCUGAGGACUAUUGGGGAUAAAUUUAACUCCACAAUCCUCAAUGAAGUGCAUGCUGCUGCCAAUUGGCAGGACUGGAGAGACGUAUACCGAGGCCUCCUCGACUUCAUCACACAGACUUUGAACGCCUUCUGGAGGAUCACGUAGACGGCCCCUGACCUGGAGUUAAUGGCUGCCAUGGCAGCAUUUUUCUCUUCAGGACAAGAGCGUUGGCUAUUUUACUGUUGAUGGUAAAUGGGACAAAUCAGCUGAUUGCUGACGGUUUUUUAAUUUAUUUUUUUAACUUAAAAUACUCUAACCAAACAUUGGUGGGAGAGUGUUGACCCUCUGUAGGCUGGAUGCUGCCCGUCAGACUCCAGCUGACUGGCUACAAGCUUUCUAGUUUGCAAAUUGUGUGUCUUUUUUAAAGUUGUCUUCAAAUAUGAUAAAGGAUUAGGGGUGAAAAAAAAAUUAUAUAUUUUUUUUUAACUUUGUGAUAUUUGUCUAUCUUCUGCUGUAAGUCAGCGUUCAGUGUAGCAGGUGCAGUCGGUCUGUGUGUGUUUGUUUGCUUCACUCAGUAUGACUGAGUGUCAGAACUGGAUCAAAUUAAUCCAUUUUUACUUUGAUAUUAAAGCUCAUUUUGUUGGAGGUACUGUAAUUCCCCUGUUUUCAAAUUGUGUAUAAUGUGUGUUCCUUCUUCUGAUUGGCUGAACAUUUUAUAAACAUCACUUUAAACCACAGCUAUUUGACAACCCUGGGUUGUUAAAAUUAAUAUUUCUUUAUGGUUUUAAAGGGGAACUUCAACAUUUUUCAGCCUGGACUCUGUUUUUGUAAGUUGAGGUGUUUGUCUGUUUUCUCAAUAUAAAAAUGGAUUUUUUUUUUUUUGCUCAGUAUUCAUUUGGAACAGAGUCGCCACCACGAGCCAACUGGCAAAAUAAAGUAAUGGCACAGGCCAAGCUAAAAACACUCAUGGUAAACCGCUUCUUGUCGCCACUGGAACAAGAUCUGAACAGUUAGUUUACUUUCAUACUGUAACACUGUGGAUGGAUUAAAAAACGGCUAAGAGAAUAUUUAGAUCAAAAUUGUGCAAAUGGU